AUGUUCCUUCUAAUGACACCACAAUUUGAUUACAAGACACCAUUAGAACCAUACUUACCUCACUCUAAACCUUCUAUUUCUACUUCCCUUCCUUUCAUUACAUUGACAUACGCCCAAAGCUUGGAUUCUAAGAUAAGCGCAGGCAAAAACAUCAGAACAGCAUUAUCUCAUGAAGAAACAAAAGAGAUGACUCAUUAUUUGAGAUUGCAUCAUGCUGGUAUAAUGAUAGGAUGCCAAACUGCCAUGUGUGAUGAUCCUGGAUUAAAUUGUAAGCUAGACUUUGAUAAAUCUCCAAGACCCAUUAUUAUAGAUCCGAGCGGGAAAUGGAAAUUCAAUGAAAAAGGGAAGAUGUAUCAGUUUUUUUUAAAAAAGCAGGGGAAACCACCAAUUGUAGUACUAUCGAGCAAUACUUUCUACAAUGAUAAGAAAUUUACAAAACAAGAUUAUGUUGAAUACUGUGUUGUGGAAGGGAGCCCCACCGACAAUAACAGGUUAGAUUGGAAUUCUAUUUUUCAGAAAUUAUAUAAGGAUUUUCACUUACGUUCCAUAAUGGUUGAAGGCGGAGGGUUUGUCAUUAAUGAUCUUCUAAGUGCUCAUGCUGUUAACAAUUUAAUCAAUAGUUUGAUCAUUACAAUAGCUCCAGUGUAUUUAGGUAAUAAAGGUGUAACAGUAAGUCCAUACAAUGGAAGAAUAGAUUUAAAGGAUGUUAAAUGGUUCACAGGGACAAGGGAUAGUGUAAUGUGCUCUAGAAUUGGAUAA